CCAAACGUCUUAUUCUGCAAUGCAAAGCCACCCCCUUUUCCGAAGCGCGUUAUCUUCCUGUCCACUUUAAUUUCACUCUCCCACUUUGAUUCUUUUUAGUUUUUCUGCUCCUUCUCUGCAUAAUCUCACUGUUUCUUCCUUUGAACUUCAUACCCUCUCCUCCAAAGCGAAUAUAUUCUUCGCUUUCCUAUUCAGUGGUCACCAUUCGUUUCUUAUUCUUUCUCCUCCCUCUAAACUAAAAUUUUCCCCUAUUUGAUUUAAAGUUCUCUCUUUUGUUGUCAAAGGGAUGAUAAUAUUCAAGAACCACCGAGAUCAAAGCGGUGUUCUUUAUUCUUCUUAGCCUUUUCUCCCUUCCCUUUUGUUGUUCUUUGCUUGCUUAACUCGCCGUUUGAAAUUAAGAGGGAAGAAGUCCAAGCCUUGAGUAUGAACCGUGGGGUUCUUGAUUCUGUGAUAAAUAGGCUACUUGAAGUCAGAGGGAGACCUGGGAAGCUGGUGAAUCUCUCGGAAACAGAAAUCAGGCAGCUCUGUUUUGUCUCGAGGGAUAUCUUCUUGAGGCAGCCCAAUCUGUUGGAACUUGAAGCUCCAAUUAAGAUCUGCGGAGACAUUCAUGGUCAAUAUCCUGACCUGCUGAGACUUCUUGAGCAUGGCGGAUCACCCCCUCGGUCCAAUUACUUGUUCUUAGGGGAUUAUGUGGAUCGCGGCAAGCAGAGUCUGGAGACAAUUUGUCUUCUUCUUGCCUAUAAAAUAAAGUACCCCGAUAACUUCUUCCUUCUGAGGGGCAAUCAUGAAUGUGCUUCUAUCAACCGUGUCUAUGGAUUCUAUGACGAAUGUAAGCAAAGAUACAACGUCAAGCUCUGGAAAGUAUUCACAGAAUGUUUCAACUGCUUGCCCGUGGCAGCUCUUAUAGAUGAAAAAAUACUGUGCAUGCACGGUGGACUCUCCCCUGAUUUGUACAACUUAAAUCAGAUCAGGGCUUUACCUCGUCCAUGUCAAGUUCCAGAAAGCGGUCUGCUGUGUGAUCUCCUUUGGUCUGAUCCUUGUAAAGGCAUUUAUGGGUGGGGAGCGAAUGAACGUGGCGUUUCGUAUACUUUUGGUGCUGACAGGGUGACAGAAUUUCUGCGAAAGAAUGAUCUGGACUUAAUCUGUAGAGCUCAUCAGGUUGUGGAAGAUGGAUAUGAAUUCUUUGCUAAUAGACAGCUUGUGACUGUAUUCUCAGCACCAAAUUACUGUGGAGAGUUUGACAAUGCCGGUGCCAUGAUGAGUGUGGAUGAGACACUUACGUGCUCUUUUCAGAUUUUAAGGCCUAUGGAGAAAAAACCCAAGUUUAGCUUCGGAGGCACUGCUACAGUCAGGCCUAGUGCUCCCACUAAAAUAAAGGCAUUUCUUGGUGUCUAGUAUGAACUAAUAAUGGAGGUGUGUUAGAUGAGAAAUAAAAGGAGCCUGAGAAAUGCAGUGAGUGUUGGCUUCCCAGUGAAGAAACAACAUAAUUAGCAAUGCCAAGAACUGAGAGCAUUGUUUGAUAAACUGAUAACUGAUGAAUGGCUCUGACAGGCACGGUUGUGCUGCAUACAACCUUUGAUAGGAAGAUUCAGGUUUCAAUUUUUUAGUUUUUGUUUUUUUUUGUCUUUUUAAUUUUCCUAUGUUUUUUUCGGCCUCUUUGGUGUGAGAGGCUGUUAUCUUAUUUUUAAUCUUAAAAAUCACGCUCUGUAUUGUAAUGGCAGAAAUGCCAGGUUAACUGAACAUCAUUUGGAAGUCAGAGACACUGACCACUGUAAAUUCUGAUGGUGAAGGGUGCUAAGCUUCUUGCUCAUCUU